AUGUUGUUUUUUGUUUUCUUUAGGGAAGGGAAAAUUCGGAACAUUGAGACUUCAUUCAAGACAAGCAACUCGAAGCCUGUUCAUGCAGUCAACCCCCAACUACAGCCUAUAAGGGUUUUACCACUUAUCCCUUAUUUGGAGCGGUAUGAUGACCAGUUUGUGGUUGCAAAUUUUGACAGUGCUCCAACAGCUGAUUCAGAAAUCUAUAGCAAGCUAAACACAGGAGAUCGCAACGAGCACGAACAACGUGCAAUUAUGAAAAGUUUUAUGGCUUCAAGCUCAAGUACAGACCGACCUGAUAAAUUUUUGUCAUACAUGGUGCCAUCAAUUGGUGAGCUGAAGAAGGAUAUGGUUGAUGAAAACGAAGAUAUUGCUUAUUCAUGGCUCCGAGAGUAUCACUGGGAUGUUCGAGGUGAUGAUGCAGAUGACCCUACUACAUAUCUCCUGGCAUUAGGAGAUUCAGAAGCCAAAUUCCUGCCCGUUCCGACAAAGCUCAUGUUAAGAAAAAAGAGGGCGGCGGAAGGAAAAUCAAGUGAUGAAGUUGAACAAUUUCCUGUGCCUGAAAGGGUGACAGUUAGGAAGAGAUCCACUCUUUCUGCCAGAGAAUUGAAAGAUGCUGAGGAUUAUGCACCUUCGAAGGGAAGAUUCGGCAUGGAUGGGAAGGGUGUGCACCACACUGAUGCUGAUGAUCACUACAGUGGAGCUGAAGAUUAUUUAUCUGAGUAG